AUGCUCCUUGUUUCGACGCUAUAUGUCUUUAGCGACAUCUCGCGCUACCUCGCGUGCCUGAAGCUUCUCAGCCAGAUCAUCUGCCAAGAGCACUACUUAAAGCAUGACGACCCGUCUGUCGCCAGCGCCAGCAGCAGCCUCUCCGAGGACAUGUGCGCCGUGCCAGCCGUUCAGCAGCGGCUGGCGCACAUAUCCGGCAACAUGUUGUCUCUGGGGGCGGCGCUGAACUUCAUCUUUACUAUACCCUACGGACUGAUGCUGGACAGGCUCAGCGAGCGACUGGUGAUUGCCCUGAACGUGACGGGGUUUGUAUGCUCGAGCGCGUGGCUCGUGGUGGUGUUCUGGUUCUCGUCUCUGUUCCCAGUCGAAGCUGCUGUGGUCGCUCCGAUAUUUUCCGCCAUCGGUGGUGGAUAUUCGGUGUUUGACUCGGUCACCAUGGUCAUUGUAGUUAGGCAUGUCCCCAAAAAGCACAGGUCAUUGUGCUUCGGAUUCUUUUUGGCAGCUGCCCUCCUCACGCAGGCCGUGAGCCUCUCCUUAACGGGUUCACUGCUAGAGGGCGGAUACCUGUUCACGCCUAUACUGCUCAAUUUUCCGCUCGGCAUUCUUGCAGUACUCCUCGUUGUCAUGAUGCCAAGUGGCGCGCAGUCAAUGCGUAGUAUGACGGCUGGUCAGGCGUUGAUAACGUGGCCGCUGCUUCGGCAGGAGAUCAAGUCGACGGUGACGGCAACGGGAGGCUUGGUGUCUGACCCACGCGGACUUGGUUUGCUCCUAGUCGUUCCUCUAGCUAAAAUGGCAGACCCCCUCACCGAGGUAAUUCUCCUUUACGUGCAAAAGAGAUUUGGCAACUCGUUCGCCUAUGCGAGCCGUGUCUUGACUUUCCAGACUAUGGAAGGCCUAGUCCUUCUAGCAGGGGUUAUACCUCUGUUGAAUAUGCUUUUGCAGAAACGAUUUCACAUGCCAUCGACAAAAGUUGAUCAGCUCAUUACUCGUUCAAGCUUCGCUCUGCUGAGCGUAGGGGCACUUGUGAUGGGCAUCUCUCAGACCUGGGCCCUAUACAUGAUCGGAAUAAUGGUUUUUACCCUCGGAUGGAGUGCGGGACCGGCCCUCAAAUCGGUACUGACCGACAUGGUCUCACCGCACAACAUUGCAGCGCUAUACACACUCAUCGCGCUGUGUGACAGCGUUGGCACCAUGGUCGGGCCGCUAAUAUUCAACCGCAGCUAUGCCCUCGCCACCGGCUGGGCCGACGAAUCGCUCAUGGGACUGCCAUUUCUUCUUGCGUCGGGAUUGUUUCUUCUAGGCGGGCUAGGGACACUGGUCCGCGGACGGCAAGUGAGCGGUGCUGGUGAAUGGAUGCGCAUGAGUACGGUCUCGAGGUAA